AUGUUUGUCUUUCGCUUUCUUCGUCUGGUCCUGCGUGACGUCUUCUCCCAGUCAUGCCUACACCAGUUCCUGCUGGAGUUUGUAGGCACAGCCCUCUUCCUGUCUGCCAGCCUAUCAACUCUGCUCAUAAGAGGUGACAAGAGGUCGACGGGUGGUUUGACCAAUCAGACCCGUCCCUCUGAAGGUCCUCUUACCUCUGGACUAGUGACAUCCUCACCAGUGUGUCCCCUGCAGGUAGUACUGGUCUUUGGUCUCUCUGUGUCCAUGGCAGCACUGUCUGUCGGCGGGGCAGUCCACUUGAACCCUGCUGUUUCAUUAGCAAUGGCACUGACGUUGAGGCUCCGCCUCUGGAGGGCAGUGCUGUACAUGGUGGGUCAGCUGCUGGGGGGCGUGGCCUCUGCCGCACUGCUGCUCGGACUGACGGGAGACGUGACUCCUGCUAUGAACCAGGUGUCCUCUGGCGUGCGGCUACACCAGGCGUUCACCGUGGAAGCGCUCAUAACCCUCCAACUGGUACUGGUUGUCAUGGUAACUGCUGAAGUCCCUCUGCCGGUAGGGGCCACACCACUGUUGGUUGGUCUGACUGUUAGUCUGGGUCACUUGGUGGCUGUCGGCGCCACAGGUUGUGGGAUGAACCCAGCUCGGUCGUUUGGUCCUGCUGCUGUAACACUCAACUUCAAGGACCACUGGGUGUUCUGGGCGGGGCCUAUUCUUGGUGCAUGUGUUGCCGCCCUACUCAACGAUCUGCUGCUGCGGCCGCGCUGGCGUCGGCCUGAAGACUGGUGGAGAGAGCUAAAACAGCUUUAUGUACUGACAGACAAAGAGCAGCAGGGGGUGCUCUCACAGCUUCCGUAACACAUCUGAGAAGAGAGAUAAUUAAUGCCUUACAUCUACCGUACAUGAUAUUGUUUAUCAUUCAUUGCCAUGAUAACAAUGUCAUGUCCAUAUUAUUCAUGCAAAUAUAUAUUUAUAUAUAUAUAUAUAUAUAAAAUGGGAGCAAAUUUUUUGAAUAACCUCUGAUAUAGCGAAUAUUUACCUCAAAUCUCUGAGCAGGUGUUGUAAAAAAGUUUGUGGAACUUGCCUGAAUGCAACACAUUCAUUAAAACCUCAGUCCAUCACUGAUCUGUGGUCUGUGCUAGCUUGCUAACUCUACUUCCUGUUAAGUACAACCAAGCAUAACAUUAACAUUUGAUGACAUUAAGCUUUGUAAUGGAAAAUUGCCUAAUGUGAAUUUACUAUGAAACCUAGAUAGAAAAUGUAUUAAUCCCAUAUUGAUUCAAAAACUGAAUAUACAAUGAAACAGUAAAAU